UUUGUAACCAAUUUUGUCGUUAAUCCUUACUAUAAUGGAGCCAAAAAAACCUAUAAUCCUCCAGGCUAACUUGCGCUUCUUUCCAUCUAAAGCUUGAGUUAUCCCCAACUUCAACACAACAUUCAUCCUUCCAAUCAAACAAAAGAUCAGUCCCAACAAAUUCAAUGGAUCGAAGUCACAAGUAACACCCCACCAAGCCAAGAUAAUCUUUCCAAUUGCCCAAGUUCAUCAACGAUGUUGCCACGGAUACUGUUAUGCUUUCUAGGGUUAGUGUUAGGGUUUUCUCUGGAGUUUGGUGAUGCUCUGAAGUUGCCUUUUAGGGUCAACGACGUCUUACCUGUUCUACCACGUCAAGUUUCAUGGCCUGUUAUGAACACUUUCGGCAGUGCCGUCGAUUUGUUGCCAUCGUUCGUCGGAACGAUUUCCCCACAUAACGGGUCAAUUGGGUGGAAAGGUGCCUGUUUCUAUGGCAAUGACGCUCGUAUGGACUUCACUGAAGGCGAUGAUCGUGGUUUGGGUGGCGGUGUUAUCUAUCUCAAGACAUCAGAUGCACACAGUUGGACAUGUAUGGAUCUCUAUGUUUUUGCAACACCUUACAGGAUUACAUGGGACUACUACUUCACAGCUCGUGAGCAUACAUUGACAUUUGAAUCGUGGGAAGAACCUGCUGAAUUGGAAUAUGUAAAACAACAUGGAAUCUCAGUGUUUCUAAUGCCUGCGGGAAUGCUAGGGACCUUUGUUUCUUUAGUUGAUGUUUUACCUCUGUUUUCAAACACGGGUUUUGGUCAGAAUGCGAAUCUUGCAUUCUUGAAGAGUCACAUGGGUGCAUCUUUUGAGAAGAGGUCUCAGCCAUGGAAGACAGUUAUCAAUCCGGUUGAUGUCCAUUCUGGUGAUUUUUUAGCUGUUUCAAAGAUUCGGGGAAGAUGGGGUGGCUUUGAAACAUUGGAGAAGUGGGUCACUGGCUCGUUUGCUGGUCAUACAGCAGUUUGUUUGAAGGAUGAAUUUGGUAAUCUUUGGGUUGGGGAAUCGGGACACGAGAAUGAAAAGGGUGAGGAAAUUAUUGUGACGAUUCCUUGGGAUGAAUGGUGGAAUUUAGCACUAAAGGACGAUUCUAACCCUCAAAUAGCUUUAUUACCAUUACAUCCCGAUGUUCGUGCAAAAUGGAACAAUAGUGCAGCAUGGGAAUAUGCUCAAAGCAUGUCUGGGAAGCCAUACGGUUAUCACAACAUGAUUUUCAGUUGGAUUGAUACUAUUGGUGACAACUAUCCACCACCUCUUGAUGCUCACUUGGUGAUUUCUGUCAUGUCUAUGUGGACUAGAAUGCAGCCUGCAUAUGCUGCAAAUAUGUGGAAUGAAGCCCUAAAUAUACGUCUUGGAACAGAGGAUUUGGAUUUGUAUGGGAUUCUUGAAGAAACAGAAAAACGAGGCAUGUCCUUUGAUGAGUUGCUAACAAUCCCAGAAAAUGAUGAAUGGAUUUACAGUGAUGGGAAAUCAACAACUUGUGUUGCAUUCAUUCUACAAAUGUAUAAAGCAGCUGGAGUUUUCGGAUCUGUUUCUGAUUCUAUUCAAGUCACCGAAUUCACUAUUCGUGAUGCGUAUAUGCUGAAAAUCUUUGAGAGCAACAACACACGGCUACCGAAGUGGUGCAACAAUGGUGAUGAUCACCUUCCGUUUUGCCAAAUUCUUGGUGAGUAUAGAAUGGAACUCCCUUUAUACAACACCUUACAACCGUAUGCCAAAAUGAAUGAAAAUUGCCCUUCUCUUCCUCCAUUGUACAAUAGGCCUUCUCUUUGCUAGAAUCUAGAAUUGUGUAUAUUGUUCAUAGUACUUUCGUUGAUGUUUUCGUGUGUUUUAGUUUGAAAUUAAAAAAAAA